AUGAGCGUGAUCUGUGAAGUUAAGCCUGAAGCUGAGGAAGCCUUGGAUUCUGAGUUGGACGCAAAUAACCCGUCACCAGUCAACAUUACACUCCUCGGACUGGCACUCCCUGACCCGUCUACUCAACCCGAUUGCACCACGUCAUUCGACCCUCUCACCCGCUCAGCUUGGGUCUCAAGCUCUGGUGAUGCUACCUUCUUAUGGUGCCGCUGGUCCUUUGGAAACGGAGACCUUUCCAGGAGUGGUCCCAGUUGGUUGGCUAGACAAGUAAAUAAUAAUGAAGGGCCAAGACUCACAUCCGAAGAGGUCACCGCCAAACGUUGUGCAGAGCCCAAGCAGUUCAAGUUCGAUCAUGCAAAGGCGAUUGCUACUGCUGCAGAAGCAGAGACUGCUUUCAAAGAACAAGGUCGCGUCAUCACGCCGGGUAUUGCGCCUGACAUACGGAUAAUCCCCUGUGCUGGGGCCUGA